AUGGUGGUUCCUGUUGAUGAGCAAACAGACCACACUGAAUCAGAACCAAACGGGAACCAAGACAUCUUCCAGGAAGCUGCUGAAGCUGAGAACCAAAAUCAGGAAAGAAGAAAACCUUUCUCAUGUGUCAUCUGUAAAAAGCGUUUGACUUUCAAAUCUGUUUUUGAUGCUCAUAUGAGAACUCAUACGGGUGAAAAGCCGUUUUCUUGUGUGAACUGUGGAAAAAGUUUUAGUCUAAAACAGGAUUUAACUCGGCAUAUGAUGAUUCACACUGGUGAAAAGCCGUUUUCAUGUGUGAAUUGUGGAAAAAUUUUUAGUCAAAAACAGAAUUUAACUAAGCACAUGAUGAUUCACACUCGUGAAAAGCCGUUUUCAUGUGUGACCUGUGGAAAAAGUUUUAUUCGAAAACAGAGUUUAACUGAGCACAUGAGGAUUCAUACUGGUGAAAAGCCGUUUUCAUGUGUGACCUGUGGGAAAAAAUGUUUUCGUCAAAAACAGUAUUUAACUAAGCAUAUGAUGAUUCACACGGGUGAAAAGCCGUUUUCAUGUGUGACCUGUGGAAAAAGUUUUAGUCAAAAACAUGUUUUAACUCAGCACAUGAUGAUUCACACUGGUGAAAAGCCGUUUUCGUGUGUGAACUGUGGAAAGAGAUUUAGUCGAAAACAGGAUUUUACUCAGCACAUGAAUAUUCACACAGGUGAAAAGCCGUUUUCAUGUGUGACCUGUGGAAAAAGUUUUAUUCGAAAACAGGAUUUAACUCAGCACAUGAUGAUUCACACUGGUGAA